AUCGGAUAUUCAUAAUCGCUGUGGUUCUUAAGCUGUGAGUGUGCUUUCAGUGGAUAUCUAAAAAUUCCUCUUGAGCAGCAAAAUGGCGCGAAGAACGAUUUUUUUGGUAGCACUUUGCACCCUCGUCGCGAUUGUCGUGGCGGAGGAAUUGUACACCGACAAAUAUGAUUACAUCGACAUCGAUGCAGUCCUCAGUAAUCCUCGCAUUAGGAAUCAAUACUACAAUUGUUACCAGGACUUAGGUCCCUGUCUCACCCCUGACGCCAAAUUUUUCAAAGAAAAGUUUCCUGAAGCUAUUGUGACUAAAUGUAGAAAAUGCACUGCUAAACAAAAGGAAAUAUUCGAGAAAAUUGUUCUCUUUUAUACAGAGAAGGAGCCGGAAAAAUGGAACAAAGUUCUUCUUAAGGCCAUUCAGGAAAGUAAAAAAUCAUCUGAUAAGAAAAACGAAUGAUAAUAUGGUUAUUCAAAAUAGUCGAGUUGUCUUCAAAUUUAUAAAAAAAUUACACUAAUAGUAAAUUAAUACAUCUGAUUAAAUCAAUAACUAUUUGUCGCAUU